AUGGGAAAGGUGAAUCAAGUCAAAAAUCCCUACUACACUAAUACUAAUAGGCGACAUAAGGGAAGAAACACUAUGCCUAGAAAUCAACAACACAAAAACUUUGUUCUAAGUUACUGCUUUUCCUUCAUAGGGAUCGGGACUAAGAAAAAUGGUUGGGCCAACGAACAUCCAUCUCGUUCGUACUCUGGAUACCCGUAUAGUAGAUUUAAUCUUGAAUACACAUUGAAUGCGAAGAUUAUGCAUUGA